GGACGCCAGGGUUCCGAAAGUCCUCAAGGGAGGGUAUUUCCCCCCGACCUGCCUGGGGGCGGAGUGCAGGGCGGAGGGGUGGCGGCUGGGGGCCGGAGAGGCGUGGCCCGAGCGGAUCUGGGAGGGGAGCCAGGACCUCCCCGGCCCGCGCUGAAACGCGCGCCCCGCUCCUCCCGCGGAGCUCUAUUUCCCCUCUGCCCCCGGAGGCUCCUUGCUCCCCUGGACCUCUCCACUCUCCGCCCCUCCUCACCUCCCCGCCCCCCCUCCUCAGGUCCCACCACCCCUUCUCGGGCGGGAUUCCCUGACCUCCCUUCCCACUCUAACCGCCUCUGGAGUAGCUGUGGGGAAACCUCGCCUGACCCCUACUCCCCCGCAACCCCCCCUCCCCCGCCUAUCUUUUCUCUCUCCUCCCUCAUGCCGGCUUCUUUUUCCGCCUUUCUCUCCUCUCUCAUCCUUGGGACUGUGAUACCAUUAACCGUACAUUACCAAAUCUGACUCCUGCCUCUUUGCCCUGAAUCUCCACUCUUCCUCUCACUGCCACGACCCCACCCCCACUUGGUCCACAGCUUUUUCUUCACUUUCUUAGUUUCCCCCUUUCUCUGCUUUCCGUCUUCUCCCUCUUUCCCUCUGUCUUCACCCUCAGCUCCUUUGCCCAUCUCUGUGUCCCACCUCUCCCCCUCUACUUCCUCUCCGCCCACCCCCAGUCUCACCCCCAGGGCCUCUGGAGCCUCUCCUUCCUGUUCUCUGGCCCCAGCGCUCCGCACCCUUACCUCAACGCGGUCAUGGCCACCAUCCCAGACUGGAAGCUACAGCUGCUAGCCCGGCGACGGCAGGAGGAGGCAGCCCUUCGUGGCCGGGAGAAGGCAGAGCGGGAGCGUCUGUCCCAGAUGCCAGCCUGGAAGCGAGGGCUCCUGGAGCGCCGCCGGGCCAAGCUUGGUCUGUCUCCUGGGGAGCCUAGCCCUACACCUGGGACUACAGAGGCUGGACCUCCAGACCCAGACGAGUCGGCUGUCCUCCUAGAGGCCAUUGGGCCAGUGCACCAGAACCGAUUCAUUCGGCAGGAGCGCCAGCAGCAGCAGCAGCAGCAGCAGCAGCAGCAGCAGCAGCGUAAUGAAGAACUACUUGCAGAAAGAAGGCCCGGGACUUUGGAGGCCAGGGAGCAGAGACCCAGCCCUGGGGAGAUGCGGGAUCAGAGCCCCAAGGGAAGAGAGUCGAGAGAAGAUCGGCUCAGUCCCAGAGAGGCCAGAGAGAAGAGGAUAGGGGGAGCCCGAGAGUCGAGCCCCAGGCCUUCAGAGGCUUGGGACUGGAGGCAGAGCCCAGGAGAGGCUGGAGACAAGAGCUCCAGACUGUCGGAAGCGCGGAAAUGGAGGCUGAGCCCGGGAGAAACUCCAGAGUGGAGUCUGAGACUGGCAGAGCCUGGAGAACAAAGCCCGAGGAGAAAAGAGGUGGUGGAAAGUAGACUGAGCCCAGCGGAGUCUGACAACCAGAAGAUGGGCCUGACAGAGGCCCAUAAAUGGAGGCCCGACUCUGGAGAGUCUCAGGAACAGAGUUUGGUACAACUGGAGAUAUCAGAGUGGAGGCUGAGCUUAGAAAAAAGAAAAGACUGCUCAGAGGAAUGUGGGAGAAAAGAAGAGAGGCCAAUUCCAAUGCUGGCCUCAGAAGAGAUUACAGAGCUGUCAGAGACCCUGAGUAGGGAGGCUCCAGACAGCAGCUCUGGAGAAGUGGAGGCAGCAGAACAAAGGUGUAGCCCUGUGCAGGAUGGUGAGAGGGGACUGAGGCUGACAGAAGGAUGGAAAUGGACCCUGAAUUCUGGGAAGGUUCGAGAAUGGACACCCAGGGACACAGAGACUCAAAUUCAGAAACCAGUCCCUCCAGAGUCUGCUGAGAAGUAUCUGGGGCCCUUUGGUACAGAGGCUGGAGAAGGCGAGGCUGAGAAGGAGAAGGCGGGGGCUCUGGGCAGGCCUUUGAGAACCCUGCAGAACUGCAGCUCUGUGCCCUCCCCCUUCCCACCAGAGGACGCUGGGACUGGAGGCUCUAGAGGGCAGGAAGAGGAAGCAGUGCAACCCCGGCCCCCACCAGCAGCCCCUCUGUCUCCCCCACCCCCAGCCCCACCUGCCCCCCAGUCCCCUGGGGAUCCCCUCAUGAACCGACUGUUCUAUGGGGUGAAGGCAGGGCCAGGGGUGGGGGCCCCUCGCCGCAGUGGACACACCUUCACAGUCAACCCCCGGCGGUCCCUGCCCCCUGCAGCCCCCACCACUCCUCCCGCCACCCCAGCCACAGCUGAUGUUGCAGUCCCCGGAGCUGGGAAGAAGCGGUACCCAACUGCUGAGGAGAUCUUGGUUCUGGGGGGCUACCUCCGUCUCAGCCGCAGCUGCCUUGUCAAGGGGUCCCCUGAAAGGCAUCACAAACAGCUCAAGAUCUCCUUCAGCGAGACAGCAUUGGAGACCACGUAUCAAUACCCCUCUGAAAGUUCAGUGCUGGAGGAGCUGGGCCCAGAGCCUGAGGCUCCCAGUACCCCCAGCCCCCCAGCGGCCCAACCCGAUGACGAAGAGGAUGAGGAAGAGUUGUUGCUGCUACAACGGGAGCUCCAGGGCGGCCUGCGCACCAAGGCCCUGAUCGUGGAUGAGUCCUGCCGGAGGUGACCCUCUUCCAACAUAGGGUCUAUACCUUCCCCUUUCCCAGAACUGAAGAUCCUGGAGCCCAGAAGAUUGAGAACAGAGAAACCCUGAACAUGAGCUUGGAAGGGAAGGCAAUCGACAUCUUCCAACUUGCUUUCCUCAUCCUGUUUAUAGGGGCAGAGCUAGUUACCCAGUUUCUACAUUCACCAAAGGUCUCUGAUGUGAGUGCAUCAGACAUGCUGGUGCACCCUGGGUGAUUCAAGAGUGAGCAUCAAGUCCUGGGAAGGAGCACAGAGCUCAUGGGGGUGAGGGGUUGGGGGGGGGGAGAUGAAGCACCUCUUACAUCUCCAUGGACAGAGUACACUCUCCAGCCUUCCUUUACUCCCCACCACCCCUUGAGGGCUCUUACAAUUUAAACACUCAUCCUGGGCAGCCUGCCCCCAUUCUAUUUACAGGCCCCUCUCCUUCCUGUUCCUUAGGUCACUGCCCCUUUGUUUACAGCUCCUGCCACCUCCCUUGACCACCAGCCUGGUUUACAAACCCCACUAGCUCCCAGCCCUACCUGCCAAAGUCCCAGGUUUACAACCACACCUACAUGUUGAGUCUAUAUGGAAUCCUCUCCCCUGUCCCUGGCAGCUGCCUCAUUGGGGGUGUGGCUUCUUCCACUUUUGCUCAGUCUGUACCUCUGUUUUCCCCAAGAGGAAAGUCUGGGAAUCCUAAC